UAAGUGCCGAUCGCUAACGGCACUUGCUAAGGCUACACGGGGGACCUUCGUAUUUUGAUGCCCCCAAGAAGGGAGAUGCUCAGCACGGCCACUGCCACGUUCGCCAGGCAGAGUUGAGCGGCUGCCUUAGCGAACGGCAGCCACCAGCAGCCCGGUGAGCAGCAGGGGCAGUGUUGUUGUGACUGCACUGCCGUAAACAGGGUAGAGGAGUUUUACCGAUGCGUGCGUUCUCGUCGUUGUACUGCAUAGCUCUCCGAUGUUGCUUUCGCUUGUGCCACAUGUUGUUCGGCAUGGUGCCUAACCGUUUCGCUCCACUUGCUGGGAGCUUCACUUUCUGAAGGAAUCCCCAGCACCAGUGGAUUCAUUAUGGUGGUUGUUGAUGAUUAUAUUUGAUAUAGCAAUAAUGCUGUACAUACACCCCUGAAUGUGAAAACGUUUCAAAGUGCAGCAUGUGUACACGCCACGAGAGAGCCACACACUCUUGUCGUGGUUUUAUAUUUAAAAAAAACGCACUCAAAAACUCGAUUAAGUAAAAACCGAACAAUUUUUGCACGGCAGUUAAAACAAGCUGACAGUGCGUCUAAUUCUGACAUAAGCUCCUACGUAGCACAUCAUGACAUACAUUUGAAUAAUUAUCAUUCUUGAGGCUUAGUGCUGAGUUCCCCAAGUGAAAUCCACUGAGCAUCCCUGCAUUCUCAUUUAUAAGCUGUUGGCACAGCAAUUGAGUAAUGGACAUAUUUUAAAAAGUGACGAUGACGAGUCUUAGUCUCUUGGAUUUUGUUCAACGGUGGCUCCAGCAUCACCCCCCUUGUAUUUCAUUUAUAUAUUUAUCAAAACACGUUUAGAGUAGUUUGCUUGUCAAUAAUCAUCGUCCGUCGUAAACAUGAAUUGGCACGAAUCGCGCAUGUUACAGAAGUUACAGAAACAAUCGUGAUGGGUGUCGAUAACGUUCAUAAACACAGCUCCCGCAAUACUACUGCGUAAGUUUUCAAGGUUAUGCUCUGUAAUUCUCGGAUGUCUGUUCGAGUUGUACCGUGUGUUGUUCGGUAUGUUGCCUAACAUUUCACUCAACGUGCCAGCUCCUGAAAAAGCCCCCAGCACAUGGCAGUGAAACGUCAGACUUCAUGUCAGAGAGCACGCGGUGGAUCUGAAAAAUACAUCUGGAUAGGCCUUGCCUUGCUUUCCAUUGCAGUUGCUUUUGCGAAGAAAAGCCACUUAAUGUGGUGGCGGAGGUCACUAAUGAGACAAAGAGUGGAACGUAAUGUAUUUGUGAGCCGAUAUUUUAUCCUACCAAACGAUUUCUGCGAUAUUAAAUCGAGAAUACAAAUACGAUCACGUUUUAAAUGUAAAGCCAUGGACAUUUUGAAACACAUGAAUUACUUGAAUAAUGUAUUUACAUAGUCUGGCUUGAACAUAAAUAGAUGUGAUUGGUUACAGGGCCGACCAUGCAGUCUAAAGGUUAUCUUGUCAAGCACAUAAUGUGACCUUUAACAUUAGACAGGCUCUGGUGCAGGCAUUCGUAUUCACUUAACAUUAAAAUACACUCUUUGCUAUCGGCCCCACUAUCUUCACAAUGUCCAGAUAAGCUCCUGUUGAUAUUUUAGAAAACACAGACCAGACAGCUCUCAGCUUAUCUCAUUCGGCUCCAGCUCCACCCACAACCAAUCUGAGCAUGCUUUUAAAAUUGACCAAUUCUCUGACUGUUUAAAAAACAAUUUUCAUGACCCUCUUUUAGGAGGGUCUUGCUGACGUUUGACCGAUUUUAUUUGGGAUGUUUAAAUAAUCAUUCGUUCAGGCGUCGUCAAAUUACCCAGAUAAACCCCACAUACACAGGGGGAUAGCACUCUAAAGGUUGACACGCAUGGAAUUAUGAACCCAAACAAUGUACUGCCAUCUCCUGGUUCCAUCAUAGCCCAAAUAUGGGAAUUUUAUUAAUCUAGCUAUUGUCUGCAAAGUGCCACCAUACCCUAAUAACAACAAGAAGGCCCAUAGAAUUUGUACCUCGCGUCCUUAGAACUUGAUCGUGUUUAGUGGCAGAGCAAUCUUCUCUAGGGCAGUAUUCCACAAACUUUCUGGGCCUGCAGACCACUAUCAACCUUCAAGACAUUUUGCGGACCGCCAUGCAGUGACCUCUAUCGUGUUCUGUGAAAAACUACGUCUGCAACAGAUCCGCGGAUCACUUCCCAUGGGCAUGCGGGUCACCAGUCUUCGACGGACCAUGGGUUGGAGACCGCUGCUCAAGGAGAUGUCCUCCUUCACAAGGGACAUGGAACUAAUGUCCUUUCCAUCCCUUCCUCAAUAAUGACCCCAACAACCCUUUAGAUUUCAACACAAAUCAAUAAAGACCUCCACUUCGGUCACCAGCACAACUCACGUUGCUAUCAUGCAACAUUUCCAACAGAGGGCGCUAUUGUGAUUAUAAACUAUAUUUCUUCAUGCGCAGAGCUGACAUUCCACUCAGCACAAAUUGUCAAUGAAAAGACUGCGCAUCCAUACGUGCAAGUAGAUAUAUAUUUUGAAACAAUGCUGCGCUGCACUAAAAACGUUGAAUACCACUGCACGCAUCCUUCCACUGAGACGAUGCCAUCGAGUUUGCACACACCGUCCCUGGCAGAUGCAUGCAGAUGAACACGUAUUUGUAAAGCACCGUGCUGUGGUAUGGACAAUGCGUUAUUCAAAAUCCGAUGUCGGCGUGGGUGCGCGAGGUGGCAAGCAAUGGCCAGCUGUCUCGCCAAGAGCGAUGGAACGUGCAUCGUCCGCACGCCGACAAGGCAGGCGGAUCACGAGCGCGUGUUGCACGAGCAACAGACGGCCGCCUGCAGAGGGCAACGAGGUGCCUCGAGGAGGACGAGGUACUUCAGCAAGUACGUUGAACAUUUGUUGGCGUAUUCGCGUGAGUGUCUUUAAGCAGAAGAACGUGUUUGGAUUGUUCCAGGAAAAAAAAAACCCCAAUGAUCUUGCUGAAUUAUUAGUUCCACCUGAAAGUGCGGAGUGGAAUCAAAAGUGAAGCACAACUGCUGAGUGUCCAUCAAGACAAUUCACCGGCUCACAGACAGCGUGGUUGAGUGGCUGAAGAACCCCAGACAUCAAUGUAUAGCAUUUGUUGCUAUUUCAAAUGUCAGCUGCUUAUCUGUGCAAAUGCCACACGAACGAAAAUUAAUCCCUACUGACAGACUUGACCCUUCAUACUGAGCAUAACCAACACGAAAACAUUUAAAACUUAAUGUGAGAUUUGCACAUACAUAUAAUGCUAUGCGAAACUUAUGAAUGGCCGUACAUAUAAAACUUGCCCUUUUAUUCGCCCACUCGUGUGUAUGGGUUUGAUUCUGUUCUGAUGCUGAUGAUACGACAUGCAACUGCGCAAAUGGUCAAAGUGCGUGCUUUGUGGCGAUGCUGUUAUUGUUUUGGUCGGCAAUAACAAAUACAUCACAUCAUAUACAUGUGCUGUGUUUCUAUCAUAGCCAUUAUAGGUUGUUGCUGUCGAUGAUAAAAUAAUUAUUAGAAUUUGCACUUCUAAAUAAAUAAGCAGAUACAAAAGUGCACCCCUGCAAUUGUUUGUUUAUGCCAACAUUAAUUUGUGAAAAUACAUGUGAUAUAUAUUGCGGCAUACAAAAUUGUCCAAAUGUCCUUCCUCAAAAUUUGGGCCAAUAAUGCAAGUCAAUAUGAAAUUGUGUUCGAUAGUAAACAAAUCAGCACAAAAUUGUGACAGAUGCAAAUAAAUAUAGCAGCACACAACCGAACAAUCAGCCACAAGCCACAACAAUUAGCACGUGCGACAUUUCAUCACAUUGAUUUUGGUCUGCAAAAGAGCUAUGAUAUGACCUCAGAAAUGUCCCAUAAAUACUUGGGGGAAUUGGUCAAUUUCUUUUCCGCCAUUUCCUCCAGUUGCUUUGGUUUCCCAGGAGAUUUUAAAAAAACCCCAUAACAUUUCAAAACUUUGGAGGGAAAAACAUUAAAACGUGUGAUUGUUGUUGGGCUUGAUAGAUAUUGCUUUGGGUCGCCACGUGUACUUGGGAUUCAUUGACCACUGGCGCUCAGAAAUUAAAUUUCAUUGUGGCAUUGUGCACUGAAAGCUCAGCCGCCCCCUACUUCUAACUUUUUAAGUCAAGUAAAAAAAUGUUGUUACGAUGUUGUAACUGCUGCUCUCACACACGCGUCGACUGGUCUGCUGUAAUAUCCCUAUCUCGAUUCGCAAGCUUCAUGCCAUUUCCAAACUGCACAAAAUACAGAGACGAGUAACGUUAAGUGAUGGCCGUCAUAGGCUGUGGUUCACAUACACGGGACGUGAGAGCUACGGCAGGAGCACGGGACGACGAAAUCAGACCGUGCUGUCUGAUCAGCAUUUUUACGUUUGUUUAAAGUUUAUACUUGGAGAAGAAGGAAAAAAAGGGUGAUGCUCCAGAGUUUUAUCGUGCGGCAGCUUGUGGGAUGAUGCAUUCUUAAGCAAUUCAGUAUACUCCAGUUAAGGACCAGCUUUGAUUUACGUGUUAAUGGAACUUCAGCAGAUUCUGGCAUUUUAUCGACUGCACAGUCAGUGCAGCAUGGUUAUGAGUCAUUUGCCAGAAAAUAUAUAUUCAUAUAUACGUAUAUAAUUUGCCAAACCCUUACAUGCAUGGUACAAUUGUGACUUAAUUUCCAAGCUGCGUUAUUGGGUACGUGGCAUUAUAAUUGUAUGUCAUUGCACAUGAGCCACAGGCAAAGGCUCCGCAGAGUGCCUGUCAAAUUAUAUGGUAUUCUGUUCCUCUCCCUUUCCAGCUCCCUCCCAUUCAACCCCUCGCUCGCUCGCUCCCUCGCUCACUCCCUCCGUCCAUCCGUCUCUCCUCUACACCCCCCCCCGCCUCAAGCCAUCCCGCACCGCAAGCGAGCUUGCAAGCGCCUGUAGGAAGCACCGUGCGCACGUUCCCUUUCAGCACGGAGGCCGGCGCAUGGCCGGGCACGGAGCUUAGUUUCCUUUGCCCCCCGGCGUAGCCGUCGCAGGUAAAUUCGCGUGGCACAUAUUGGAAGUGACAGGAGCGAGAGCCUCAUCCUAUUUAGGCAGGCAAGGAGGCUGGAUUAGGUGUGUACAGUGUGGAGCAGGAGCACCUGGCAAGAAGCAUCCUUCCUCGGAGCACGCAACCCGGCGUUGCCAGCGGCGCGGCUCCACGGCCAACGAAAAGAGAGGAGCGGCGCCUUGGAGGGAGGACACACUCGAUAAUUUUUGUUGUGCAUUUUUUUUUGCUUGCUUGCGGAGGAUUUAGAGACUCGGGACAUUUUGAGUUUGAUGGCCGAGAGAUCUUCGCGGUUUUUGUACGGAACGAUGACGACGAAGAGUAGGCACUUCGCGACAAAAACUUAACCGUGGUGGUGGAUUGACCAUGAAGCCCGUUUCAUCGAUUUGACGUUGACUUUGUUACAUUAUAUUAGUGUCCUCGGAUUAUGGGGGCAGCCGAUCGUUUCACAAAUGCGGCGCUAAGUGACGGGAGCAUGCGCAAGUGCCUUUUCGUGUCCAUUUGAGCGCCGCAUGCGUGUGGACAGGCUGAAGGGAAUUCUCCAAGUUCGCUUUGUAUUCGUCUGUGGGGCUGAUCGUGAAAUCGGUGGCCAUGCAGUUGGGCGGACAGGCGGUGGGUGUAAGGCUGGCAUGCGUGGCUCUCGCCCUGAGCUGCAUCGCCCUGCACGCGACUGACGCGCAGAAACGGUUACCUCCAGAAACCGUACGAGAAUGGGCAAGGACAUUUGCGGAGGAGAUGCGGUUCGUUUCCACCCGCUACUCUGGGUACAGCUUCAUGCAAAAGAAAUACAAGGACUACGAGAAGAGGGUCUACAUCGAGGAGAUGCACGGGUUGAAGAUGGUGCGCAAGCUGGCGCGGCUCAUGGAGGACAUGCUGAGCAGGAAGACGGAGGCAGUGAAGAGACUGGUGGAGGCAGCAGAGGAGGCAGACCUCAAGCAUGAGUUCAACUCAGAAAUGCAGUACGACUACUACAACGCGGUGUUCAUCAACGACGUGGACGAGGAGGGUAACUACAUUGAGCUGGCGAGGGAAUUCAUCCUGGAGCCCAACGCGCAUUUCAACAACCUGGCCGUCAACACGUCGCUCAGCAACGUGCAAGUGCCAACCAACGUGUACAACAAAGAGCCGAACAUCGUUAAUGGGGCAUUCUGGUCCGAGGCCCUGAACCCCGUGUUUGAGGACAACUUCGAGCGCGAUGCCACCCUCACUUGGCAAUACUACGGCAGCUCCACGGGAUUCUUCCGCCAGUACCCAGGUAUCAAAUGGACGCCAGAUGAAAAUGGAGUGAUUUCAUUUGACUGCAGGAACAGGGGCUGGUACAUUCAGGCGGCAACGUCGCCCAAGGACAUCGUCAUUCUGGUGGACGUGAGUGGCAGCAUGAAGGGUCUGCGCCUCACCAUCGCCAAGCAGACCAUCAGCACCAUCCUGGACACACUCGGGGACAACGACUUCGUGAACGUCAUCGCUUACAAUGAGCAGCUGCAUUAUAUUGAGCCGUGCUUCGAAGGAGGGAUGGUGCAGGCAAACCGUGACAACAGAGAGCACUUUAAGCAGCUUUUGGAGGAUAUGCAUGCACAGGGGGUGGCAGAUUUGGCAAAUGCCCUGGAGGAAGGCUUCGUGAUUUUGGACCAGUUCAACGCCACGGGGCAGGGUAGCAGCUGCAAUCAGGCGCUGAUGGUCGUCACCGACGGAGCCGUCGAGACCUUCGAGGAGGUCUUUGAGAAGUACAACUCGCCCGACAAGAAGGUCCGCAUAUUCACCUACCUCAUUGGCCGAGAGCUGGCAUUUGCCAACCCGAUCAAGUGGAUGGCCUGUGCAAACAAAGGCUACUACACACAGAUCUCAACGCUGGCCGACGUGCAGGAGAACGUGAUGGAGUACCUACACGUGCUCAGCCGUCCCAUGGUCAUCAACCACGACCACGACAUCAUCUGGACCGAGGCGUACAUGGACAGCACGCUGCCCCAAGCCCAAAAGCUCUACUCCACCUCGUCCCAGGGGCUACUGCUCAUGACCACAGUGGCCAUGCCUGUCUUCAGCAAGAAAAAUGAAACGAGGUCCCAUGGCAUCCUCCUGGGCGUGGUGGGGACGGACGUGCCACUCAAGGAGCUGCUCAAGAUGGCUCCUCGCUACAAGCUUGGCGUCCAUGGCUAUGCGUUCAUCAUCACGAACAACGGCUACAUCGUCACCCACCCGGACCUGCGCCCAAUGUACAAAGAGGGCAAGAAGAUGAAGCCAAAGCCGAACUACAACAGCGUGGAUCUCUCCGAGGUGGAGUGGGAGGACGUGGACGAAGUGCUGCGGACUGCGAUGGUCAACAGACAGACGGGCACCUUCUCGAUGGAAGUGAAAAACUCCGUGGACGAGGGGAGACGCGUUCUCAUGCUGACCAACGACUACUUCUUCACGGCGCUCAAGGACACGCCCUUCAGUUUAGGAGUUGUCCUGUCGCGUGGCCACGGAGAGUACGUGCUGAUGGGGAACGUGUCCAAGGAGGAGGGCUUACAUGAUCUACUGCACCCUGACCUCAACAUUGCCAGUGACUGGAUCUACUGCAACGUGGACAUUGACCCGGACCAUCGCAAGCUCACGCAGUUGGAGGCCGUCAGGAGGUAUCUGCUGGGAAUUGAACCUGAUCUGCAAUGUGACGAUGAGCUCCUCCAGGAGGUGCUGUUUGACGCCGUCGUGACGGCCCCGCUCGAAGCCUACUGGACGAGCCUCGUGAUGAACAAGUCCGAGAACGUUGAGAAGGGCAUUGAAAUGGCUUUCCUGGGGACACGGGCUGGACUGACCAGAACCAGCUUCUACAUCGGCAAGGAGAAACUCUCUGACAAAGAUUUCCUGACGAAGGACCAGGAAAGCGUCUUCACCAUGGACCACUUCCCCAUCUGGUACCGCCGCGCUGCUGAGCAACCGCCGGGCACGAUCAUCUACACCGUGCCCUACCAAGCGGGGGCGAAAGGCAACAAAAAAAUGGUGGUGACAGCAAGCGUCGUCAUCACGGUCACCGAGGACGUGAGGACAGCCGUGGCCGCUGCUGUGGGAAUCCAAAUAAAAGUGGACUUCUUCAGGAAGAGGUUUUUAUCUGCAGCCAAACAGCCAAAAGAUACUGACUGCUCAGCCAUCGAAGGCCGAUGUCCUAUCGACUGCGAGGACCCGACGCUGAACUGCUACAUCAUAGACGACAACGGAUUCGUCAUCGUCUCCAAGAACGACGAAGAGACGGGAGAAUUCUUCGGGGUGGUGGACGGGGCCGUUAUGAGCGAGCUGCUCAGCGUUGGAGCGUUCAUACGGCGGGAGAUGUACGACUACCAGGCCAUGUGCAAGAGGCACCUGGAUUACGAGAGCAGCGCUUUCAACUUGCUCAACCCAUACCGUUCCUUCAUCGCGGCGAUGAAGUGGAUCGUAACCGAACUGGCAGUGUUCUUCAUGGAGUUCAACGUCUACAGCUGGUGGUAUUCGGGCUACACGUCGCACGCCAAGACCGUCUUCCACUCGUCGCACAAACACAGGAAGCAUGACGUCCUGGAGCCAUGUGACACCACCUUCUCCGCGUUCAUUUCUGACCGCUCCAUCCAAGAGACCAACGGUAUCCUCAACUGCGGCUGCCGAAAGACGUUUGUCAUGCAGCAGAUCCCUUAUAGCAACCUGAUGAUGGUGGUUGUGGACGGUGACUGCGAGUGCAUCACCGUGGCUCCGAUCUUGCUCAACUCCUACGAAAUUAAAUAUAAUGAAUCGGUGAAGUGUAAUCGCAUGCGCUCGAUGAAGGUUCGCCGCAGACCGGAUUCAUGCCACGCUUUCCAUCCCGACGAGAACGCGAAGGAGUGCGGUGGUGCGAUGGGCCUCGUGCCGUUCCCCCAGCUCCUCCUCCUUCCAGCGGCUGCCCUCUGCGCCACGUGGAGGUGACAAGAAGCCAUCCCUGACUCACAGAUGCAGCAAAGCCCCCAUCCUCGGCUACCUGCACCCCUUGCCCAUGAUGAACCCUCAACCAAGUGAUCGUGGGCAACUUCGAAGGUUAUACCACCUCGGAGGUAAAAAAAAACCCGGAUAUUAUCACGGCAAGAAUAAUUAUCUCACGACGCCGGAAAAGGGGAGAUCUGCAUGUGAAUGCGUCAUCUUGAAGUGGUAUAUUAUCACACAAACUGACAAAAACCUGGAUUUCUUCAAUGUCCCGGGAAGACGAACACAUUUCCCAGGACGACCUCAAUGGGGAGGACAAAUCCGGCGAAAACCAGGACAGGUGGUGAGCCUGACAGUAUCUUGUAAAUUCGAAAACGAAAGACUCUCCACUCGCAAGCAUGCCUGCCAAAUGUUACAGCUGACAUCAAGCCCGCCAGCUGCGGCGUUUUGAGCUCUAGGAGACACCCACGCUUCGCAGCGGGCACACACACACAUCGCGCACUUCGCCAAACUUGAAAAAGCCUUCGAGAAAAUGUUUCACCGCAUGACUUCAUCGCGCGGCUCCUGCGCCGUCUCUUUGAACCGCGGCAAAUGUGAACGUCGGCAGGAGUCGCAGGGCGCAUUCAAGAGCCAGACACAGUGGCGACCAAAAGAUGCGUAAAAGUUGCCGCCUUUUGAAAUAUUCACCUCCGACAACCCAAUGAGGGUACCUCCAUUCCGUUGGAUCAACACCCAUCAACAGCGCUCCAGUCUCCGCCGACUGCUGCUGUGUUUGGAACACCAGCAUGACGUUUGCCAAGCAGCCUGCAGAUGCUGGAUCCAUUUGAUUUUCCCCUUUUAUCUCUUAGAAGACGCCGAGUUGCCAGCAUUUGAAGAGAGAGAGAGAGGUGUUUGAGAUGAUGGUUUCGUUCUGCUUUAUUCGACUGUGACACGUGGCCAUGUGCCCGUGGGUCGUUUAGAAAAGUCGGGCACGUGUUAGCCGAUUUAUUAUUUAUUUGGAUAGGUUUCCCACUCUCCACCCCUCCCUGACAGUAAAAAAAAAACAAUGACAUCUGCACGCGACUGCCCUGACAAGCAUGCAACUUCUUCAGGUAGCCACCAGCUUGAGAAGUUGGGACACGGACACUCUAAACAACCAUCACUGAUGACGGACGUACGUUCUCGUGGGUGUGCUGGAUAGCUCUUCCGAUGCAUGUUUUUUUGGGUUUGUACUGCCCCGGGUGUUGUCCGGCGUGAUGCGAGCCCUCUCGAUAUUUCUCUCCCAUGUGCCGGGAGCUUUUGCGCGAAAUGUUGGACAUCACACGCCGUUACAACUUGAAAACAGCUUGGAGAGAGCUGUUUCUAUGUAUGUUGAACUUCUUUCGCACCGUACGUAACCAUCGAUGCUAAUCGCAAGUGCGGCGCUGUUAUUGCUCGUCGAUUUAUUUAUGGAUAAAGUCGAGGGACGAGGAUUUAAUCGUUGUUUCGUGGCAUUAAUUGCCCAAUAGGUGCCAAUAAAUGACGGGUGAAAACCAGACCCACAUUUUGGCUUUGGGGUUUACCGUCACAGCACUAUGUAAUAUUACUCUUGUGGUGACAAACGAAUUUGCCCAUAGUAGCAUGCGAUACAUGGUGUUUUCAUCGUGCUUAAUGGCAACACGUGGUACUUUCCCACCCCAACACACGGGCACUGCUGUGAUGAAAGGGUAAAGCUUGCGAUAUAGGAUCGUGCAGAAUUUCCCACGCCUGAUCAAGAAGCUUCACUUCGAGACACAGAGAAUCCUAUCCACCUGUCACAGCCAGCCUCCAAAAUGCCCUGCUUGUGCAUAUCUGAAGCACGGCAUUCACUCGACGAGCUGUGGCCUCGAGAUCCCAGACAGAGCUCUGAUAGCAAGGGUUUAAACCCAACAAGCCACCGAGCUCUCAGCUUUGCUCGACGUUCUUACUAAAACAUAACCUAGCUCCCGGUACAUUUUUAAAUUACACACUCCGUUAAUGCAGGCAAUGCGCCCUCAACACAGGACACUGCGUUUGGCAGGUGCGGUAGCGCUUUUAGGCUCUUCGUUUCCCCCCGUCCCACCCGGCUUUCAAUGCCUAUCGAGUUUCGACCCCCUCUUGGAUGUGCCUCAUGUCUGCUCAUGCACAACUAUUGCACAGCGCCGCCGCUCACUCAACGGCACGGCCGGGCGACAGAAGGGCGACAACACCAACGGCGGUCGAGCAGGACAUUUGACUAUUUUGUCUCGCCCCUGGAUUCUCUGGCCAAGAGUACGGUUCAGGGGGGAUGUGCAUCCGCGCCCAGCGAGCAUCACACAUCUCUCCGCGCUUUCACCAAUUGGGGCCCCCGACUCGUCCCAAGGAUUCACUUUGUACUUCUCCCAACAGUAAACAACAUUCCCAUGGGUCCAGCAGACGAUAUAUAUAUUUUUUACACUCGUCAGCUUUAUUUUGUAAUGCUAUCUCCAAACAUUUUUUCUACGCAUCCUUCUCGACGAAAUAAAAAAAAGUCCUUACCACCACUAUCUCAAAGGAUGCCUCCGUUGAGAGACAAAUGUGAAGCAGACAGUUUUAGUUGGGGAGAGGGGGGGGGACAUAACUCGAAGGUGAGCAUGCCAAACAUUCCAUUCCCAACUGCCUGGGUUGUUGGGUUAAACCUGCCAACACUUGCGAGCAGGCUCCAAUAAAAAGGAUCUUUGUCCUUUUCGCUCAGUGUAUCAAAAUCAACAAAGGCACGCACUACGUCCCUUUUUUUGUCAGUUCAGCGUGACAUUUCCAGAAGCAGAAUAUUUCUACCGGAGGAAUCCGAUGAGCCACAAAGCUCUUUAUCAGAUUUUCCGUCGGAUUUCCAAGGCACAGUUCAAGAUCAGGGUCAGUGUUGAACUGUAGUGUCCCAAUGAAACUUUGGAGUUGACCUUUUCGUCUCAGAUUAUCCCAAUCCACUAUUAAACGUUUUACCUAUAAAGCGGUUGAAGUAUUUUGCUGUAAUAUACAAGUGGGGAAAUAGCAGUGGCACAGCGGUUCGCGCAUUACAUUAACAAUCCUGUGACCAAAGUACGAUUCCCAGCCAUGGGUGAAAUCAGUGGCACGUGAUAGCUGAACAUUUUCAGAGCCACCCCAUCAUACAAGCCUGCAUUGACGAGCGUGGGACAUUAUGGUUAAUCCCCAUGCCUAAAAUAGCAUGGGCAGGCCUUCAUCCGGCAGUAAAUUGACAAAAGGCCGUUAAAUAUAUUUUUAAUAUUUAACACACAUGCAUGCUGUAAGUCAACCGUCUGUAUUGUUGCCUUGUGAAAAGUGCAUGUAAUGUGCUCAAUUGUUAAUCUGUGGCAUUGUUUGGUGUGGUCCUACCGUUGAGACUGAGAGCAUUCAGGUGGGUAAGCAUCAAAAUAAAACGAUUCUUGAACUUGG